AUGGCCAACCCUGCACCGGCCCCAAAAUUCAUCCUUCGCGGACACAAGGCCGCCAUCCAUGCGGCUGCUUUCAUCAGGCAGAAUGAGCGGCUUGUGACGGGAGACUCGGAAGGCUUUGUGGUUCUCUGGGAUCUUACAAUUAUGAGAGCCAGAGCUGUUUGGCGUGCGCAUGAGAAUGCAAUCUUGGGCAUCCGAGGAUGGGGGGAUGACAAAGUCAUAACUCAUGGUAGAGAUCACAAGCUGGUUGUUUGGAAAAUCACCCAAGAGGAUGAAUGUAGCCUGAGCACAGCCUUGCCUCUGGACGGCCCAGAUGUGGACAGGCGUCGGCCCUGGGUCGUUCAUCUGCUGGAAGUAAACACGAUGAACUUUUGUUCAUUCGCCGCAUGUUCAUCAGGGCACUCUCAGUACUCUCGUUUUCUCGGAGACUCCCCCGAAAUUCUUAUAGCUGUGCCAAAUACCCUUGCAUCUGAAGCCGUUGAUAUAUAUACCCUGCCCUCACAGAAGCGAAUACACACCGUGAAUCCGGGGGCAAAGAAUGGCAUGGCAAUGAGCCUAUCCUUGAUGCACCACGAAAGUCGCCUGACUUUGAUUGCUGCAUUUGAAAAUGGAUACACUUCUGUUCACCAAUUGACACUGGAGGGAGAUUGGGUCUUGACAUAUAAAACACAGGCCCAUUCGCAGCCAAUUCUAUCCCUCGAUCCUCGACCAGACCUGAAGUGCUUCUUCACAUCAGGAGCAGACGCUAUCAUUGCGAAACACCCCAUUCCGACAGCCCCGCAAGAGAUAGCCAAGCCAUUCAACCCAAAAGAGCGUGUUAUUGAGGAAAUUGACGACAUACCCAAGCCGGGCAAUUCCCUUCUUUCCGAUGCUUUGAAAGAGGACGGCCCCAAGAGGAGACAAGGUCAAGAAACCAUCUUGGAAGAGUGGAAGCAUCCACGAAAAGUAACCAAUACCAAACAUUCCGGACAACAGAGCCUCGAGGUCCGGUCCGACGGAACAAUCUUUGCAACUGCUGGAUGGGACUCCAAGAUCCGAUUGUACUCCUGCAAGACCCUCAAAGAACUCGCUGUACUGAAGUGGCAUAAAGACGGUGCAUAUGCAGUCUCCUUCUCAGAUGUUGGACCACCACCUCGACAAACCGACGAGACACAUGCAGAAACUCAAGACGACUCUGAAGAACAACAAAGUGAAAACGCAGUUGACCUGAGUCGAAUGUCUGUCCGAGACAGACGAGUUCAUCGCGUCAAAGCAGCUCAUUGGAUUGCUGCAGGCGCCAAGGACGGCAAAGUGAGUCUGUGGGACAUGUACUGA